AUGAUCAUUCUUCAUGAUUAUCCACUUUCUAUUGUGGAGCAUCAUGGCUUUCAGAAGUAUUCAAAUGGUCUUCAACCUUUAUUUAAGGUGCCUUGUAGAGCUACAAUCAAGUCUGACAUCAUGAAGAUAUACGAAACAAAAAGAGGUGGUGUAUUGCGAUGUUUGGAAGAAAACGAAAGUAGGAUUGCUCUUACUUCGGAUAUGUGGACAGCCGGUAACCAAAACAAAUGUUACAUGACACUAACAACACAUUACAUAGAUGCCAAUUGGAAGUUACAAAAUCGGAUUAUCAGCUUUUUACAUGUGSCAUCUCCACACACUGCUGAUGCAUUGUCUCACGUUAUGAUCGAGUGCUUUAUGGAUUGGAACAUUGAUAACAAGUUGUCAACAUUGACACUUGACAAUCGUUCAACAAAUGAUGCUUUGGUUGACAGGCUCUUAGAUACUCUUUCUCCUUCCUCCUUAAUUUUGAAGGGUAAGUUGUUUCACAUGAGAUGUUGUGCACACAUCAUUAAUCUCAUUGUGCAAGAUGGGUUUUCUAUGAUUGAGAAAGCAAUCACGAAUGUUAGGGAUAGUGUCUCAGUUUGGACAUGUUCUCCUAAUAGAGCCCAAGACUUUAGACUCGUUGCACGACAACUAGGUGUAGAUUGUGAAAGAGAAUUAGUGCUUGCUUGUAAGACUAGGUGGAAUUCUGUUUAUACAAUGUUGAAUGUGGCUUUAGAAUAUAAAGAUUUCUUUACUCGUUUAAGCAAGAAAGAGAAACAUUAUAUUUCUUUACCUAGUGAAGAGGACUGA